GCUGACAUUUAAAGCUGUAUGUAAAUGAGCGACACACACUGACAUCAGCUCCGUGUGACUGAUUGUAUCUGGAGCUCUCCUAAUGUCUCAGUGUGCAGGAGAAUAAUGUGGAGGAAUGUAAAAAAAAAAAACAAAAAAAAAACGUGGCGAUUUGCUGUGGACGGACUCCAACAUUCAGAUACAUUUCUGGUUUGAUCCUUCAGUGACAGACGGAGCCGCUUCUCAAAGACAGGAAGCUGUUUGUGGGCAUGCUGGGAAAACAGCAGACGGAUGCUGAUGUCAGGAAAAUGUUCGAGCCGUUCGGCAGCAUAGAGGAGUGCACGGUGCUGCGUGGGCCUGAUGGGACCAGCAAAGGGUGUGCGUUUGUAAAGUUCCAGAGCAACGCAGAAGCCCAGGCCGCCAUCAACGCUCUGCACGGGAGUCGCACCUUACCUGGCGCCUCGUCCAGCCUGGUGGUCAAGUUUGCCGAUUCGGAGAAGGAGCGGGGACUGAGGCGGAUGCAGCAAGUGGCCUCUCAGCUGGGGGUCAUCAGUCCCAUGACCCUGCACCUCGGGGCUUACAACGCCUACACACAGGCCCUGAUGCAGCAGCAGGCCUUGGUGGCUCAGUCGGCCUAUCUCUCUCCUGUUGCCACGGUGGCGGCUGUUCAGAUGCAGCAGCUCGCCGCGCUCAACCCCAGCAGCAUCAUCGCCACGCCGAUUGCAUCCAUCACCCCGUCCUCAGGUACCAGCACUCCUCCCUCCAUCGCGGCCACGCCCGUUCCUGCUCUGCCUCCGCCCAUCGCGGUGAACAGCUACCCCUCUGUGGCAGCUCCACCCAAUGGCCAGUCAGCCACAGAAACCCUCUACACUAACGGGGUUCAUGCCUAUCAAGCUCAGAGUCCGGUCCUGGAUCCCUUGCAGCAAGCUUACACAGGCAUGCAGCACUACACAGCCACUUACCCUGCUGCCUACAGCCUGGUGGGGCAGCCGUUCCCCCACCAGCCCACCCUGGUGGCUCAGCAGCCACAGCAGCCUCAACAGCUCCAGCAAAGAGAAGGUCCAGAGGGGUGCAACAUCUUCAUCUACCACCUGCCGCAAGAGUUCACCGACUCGGAGAUCCUUCAGAUGUUCCUGCCCUUCGGAAAUGUCAUUUCUGCAAAGGUCUUUGUCGACCGAGCCACCAACCAGAGUAAAUGCUUUGGUUUUGUGAGCUUUGACAACCCGUCCAGCGCGCAAACUGCCAUCCAGGCCAUGAACGGCUUCCAGAUCGGCAUGAAGAGGCUGAAGGUGCAGCUGAAGAGGCCCAAGGACGCCAACAGGCCUUACUGAAGGAGGACAACGUAAGAAGUCAAUCAAGAAAACCACUUGGGGGACGUCCCAGCCUUGUUUGGUUGUUUUGACCAACCGUAUAGCACAGGAGCAACACUUCACAACAAGCAGUAUCCCGUGUUUGUGCUUACAGAAACAACAUUAACCGCUGUAAAGCCAGCAACAAACUCAUCGACAGACUCCGCAUCCACACAGUAUCCGAAGUGCUCCAGAGUUCCUAUCAUUCCACAGCUGGAUCCAUUUAUAUUAUGUAUAUACUCUAUCGUCGGCAACAAGAUAUACAUGUUAAGAAAAAAAAAA